AUGUCAACGGUUACGCACGAGGCGACGAGCGAAAAAAUCACCACACUCGAACAUAGAUACGUUUCGCUUCUUGAGUCGAGAAUCAAAGAUCUAGAGUCUCAGAUCAACAAGGUUAAUGGAAGUGGUGCAAAAUGUGGGCCUCUCCCUGCAGCUAAGAACAGCACCAAUGCCGAGCUGGAUGUGCCAAGUAAAGUUGAAACUUCAAAUACGAGUGCUACCGUACCUUCGGAUGCUUCUUCAGAGAAUGGCCCUCGGCCACUUUGCCGCAUCAUUCAGCGUUCGGUCGAGACAGAAGACGGCUCGGCUGAGCGAGAACUAGAGCAGUCUGAGUUAUUGAAACUGGGUUUAGAAACCCUUGCUGCUGGGAGCGAAUAUAAAGGAACACCGCCACAGCUGACAUGGGUAAGGUUUGUCGAGACGAAUAACAGAUACUCCUCAAGCGACAUACUUGUCGAAGGAUCCGAAUUGAAAGCUCUGUUGAGCGUGGUUCUUGAGGCAUAUCCCGAUUUACACAUUUCCAUUCCUGAUUCGCCUUCUUCUAAGGAUGGAGCCAAAGAUCCUGUUGUCUUCAACAGCCCUUGUGAGCCGCUUAUCCACAACUGGAGCAAACUCAGUGAACUGGCGCUUGAAAACUCUUCUCUCAGUGCAGAGCUGGAGUUGCGCAUAGAAAAGUCGGGCCCGCGUACAGGCAUAAAUACGGCUGGCGGAGAUGACCAGACAGUACGGGCACUGGUGCAUCUGGGAAUGGCAGACAACUUGAAAAAGGCUCGUGAGCAGCUAGGAAGGCUGCUGAAGCUCGUCACGUUUCUACCAGAGCUGAGCAAGUAUUUCCAGUCACUUGAAAGGCAGACCAGCACAGGCUAUAUUCAGUUCGCUCAUUUAUGGACCAUAUUCCCUCCGGGGGAAAUCGUCUACUCCACUGUAUUCAUGGACGAGCCCCAAAUCUUCAUCGUCAAGGACUCUUCUGCGCCCGAAGAGGAAUUGAGUUCUGGGGAGACAUGGUCCAUGGUUGCCUGGUCCUACGACUGGGACGGGGCCUGCUUCAAUCGAGUACCGGUGACCUUCGAGUUCGAACAUUUCACCGGUAGCAGAGUAAUAAAUACACUUCACUGCCAUCCAUUCAGAUUCCAUAAACCUGGGGAAACCAUUUCAUCUGAAGUAGCUUCACGAGAGGCUUUGGAGGCAGUGUUACUCGAACGGGGAAAAAGAUUUACGGAGGUGUGCAUAAAGCCAAGAGGGUCGCAAAUGUUCGAUUACAACGGUAGAGCACUCCUCCACGGCAGCGGCUUCCAGAACAAGUUGAUAGAGGAAUUGGAAUAUUUCAGAAGAAUGUUCGAAAGUGGCCGCCCGAGCAGAAAGCAACGAAAAACUACCACGAAGAAGCGACUCAUACAAGGCCGGGUCAUGGUGGAUUUUGAAGCAUUCCUUGAAUAUUCCCCUGGUCGCGGCAUAAUUGGUCCCAUGGGGUCGGCCAUCUUUAAACAUGGAGGUGGCGAAUGCCUCUGUUCCGACUGCAUUACCAAUGAUGCCCUCAGAGACAGUCAGAAGAUGUACUACGACCGGGCGAAGGACCCGUCCCAAUUUGAGGAUCUCCAGUUCAAGUUAUGCCCACCCAGAGUGCUUGGAUAUCAUUUGGAGUCACGGACCUGGCUAGAGCUGAAUAUUUCAAAGCCCAAGGGAGCCUCAAGCGAGAACGCCGAGGACGGAGGAAGUUACCUCAAGGAUAUAAAGAAACUGCGGAGUAGAGAAGCGUUUAACAAAUUACAGCUUCUUUCUACACAAAAAUCGCUGAUCCAGGACCUUGUACAAUGCCACUCUAGCGGCAACAAUUCAGAACCAUUGAUGACGGAUAUUAUUAAGGGUAAGGGAAAGGGCCUCGUGAUUCUACUACACGGACCGCCUGGCGUUGGGAAGACUCUCACUGCAGAAAGCGUCGCCCAGCUUGCAGGAAAGCCUCUAUUCUCCGUCGGGGUUUCAGACAUUGGCCUGAUACCAGAGGAAGUUGAGCCAAACCUCGAAGCGCUCUUUGAGCUUGCAGCCAAUUGGCGGGCCGUGUUGCUGUUCGAUGAAGCCGACGUCUUUCUUGAGUCCAGGAGUGGUAACACAUCUGACCUCAACCGAAACGCAUUAGUCUCUGUUCUCCUCAGGGUCCUUGAGUAUUACGAUGGUAUCCUGAUACUCACGACAAACCGUAUCACCCAGUUCGACAUUGCCGUGCAAAGCCGCGUCAAUCUAGGCAUCAAGUACGACGAUUUGGCACGCGAGCAAAAGCAGGACAUCUUCAACAACUUCAUCGACCAGCUCAAGCCGCAUCAGAUAGCUGACAAAAACAAAAUCAAAGAGUGGUUCAAAGAUGACGAGGAGGCCAGGGACUGGACCGACGGACUGAACGGGAGGCAGAUUCGGAACAUUUUGUUUUCGGCCGCAAGUCUCGCUCACAAGAAUGACGGGCAGCUUAAGCAGGAACACAUUACCCGGAUGGUCAAGAGUACAUGGCGGUUUCACGAUGGUAUCAAAACUGUUGUCGACGACGCGCGCCGACGAGCAGAGGUUGGAAGAAAUUGA